UUGACUGACUUUGCAGCUAACAGCCUUACAGCAAGUUAAUAAAGAAGCUCUUUAGUUGGCUUCAAUGCACACGGGUUACAAGACAUAUGGGGAAGCAUUUUGUGGUUUUUUUUUCUUUACAAGUUUGAAUUAAUCUUUCAUGUACUUACAUCUAUAUGGCUGUUGAUAUGCUUCUGAUUUAUUGAUUGGUUGGAGUUUUGCUCGCAGGCGAGAAUAAACGGAGUUUUUCUAUGUACGCUAGAGUGAAGGAAUGAACAAAGUAAUUGAGGGAGUCCUGUAGGGCUUCAUCUCCUUCCUAAGCAAGCACCGUUGGUGCGAGGAGCCAGGAACCCAGAUGGACACCUGCACUACAGACAAGACUAUGUUAGUGCACCUGAUGCUGCUGAGCCUGGUGAUUGGGAGCAGCCAGGGGUGCUACUGUGAACAUUACCCAUGGGGGUCGUGGUCUGCCUGUUCACAAACCUGCAAUUUUGGCACACAGACCAGGUACAGGCAAAUAAAGAUGGAUGAAUAUUAUAGCCAAAACUUCUGUGACCAGCUGUGCACAAAGCAGGAAUCUCGUGCAUGUAACCAGCAAGCAUGUCCUAUAAACUGUCAGCUUGGAGACUUUGGCCCUUGGUCGGAAUGUGACCCAUGCAUUAAAAAACAAUUUCGUGUCCGGACACUCCUGCGACCAUCCCAGUUUGGGGGUCAGGCCUGUCCUGAGCUGCUGGUGGAUUCCCGCCCAUGCUUCCCAACUAAGCUCUGCAACAUAGUGGAAGUUGAUUGCAAGAAUAAAUUUCAAUGUGAAAGUGGUCGCUGUAUUGCAAAAAAAUUGGAAUGUAAUGGAGAAAAUGACUGUGGGGAUAACUCUGAUGAAAGGAAUUGUGGGAGGAAAAAGAGCGUGUGUAACAGAAAGUAUGAGAGCAUCCCAGGUGUGCAGUUAAUAGGAAAUGGAUUUCACAUUCUGGCAGGAGAGAGCAGAGGGGAAGUCCUUGGCAACUCAUUCAAUGGAGGACAUUGCACAACAGUGAAGCGCAAUGAGACCAGGAAAUCGUAUCGUGUUCCUGCGAACCUGGAGGCUGUCAGCUUUCAGGUAAUAGAUGAAGAGGAUGAUGUAACAUCAGAUUUCUACAAUGAUUUGACUCCCCUGAGUGACAGUGCUCAUGAAAGUAGUUCAUCUACUCAUGGUGCUCGAAGUUCUUCUGGUAUCCCAUUUUUAUUCUCAAGAAAGACACGUGUUAAAGUCACAUCAUCUUCCUCCUUCAAGAAAGCCAUUGAAGCUUCACAUGAAAAGAAUUCCAACUUUAUUAGAGUCCAUAAAGUCAUUUCUGUUGCAAACUUCACAAUGAAGCAGUCAGAUCUGCAGCUCUCAGACAUCUUUCUAAAAGCACUUAACCACCUGCCCCUGGAGUACAACUACGCUUUAUACAGCAGAAUAUUUGAUGACUUUGGCACUCAUUACUACACCUCUGGGAAGAUGGGUGGUUCUUAUGACAUUCUUUACCAGUACAGCUCUGAGGAAUUGAAGAACUCAGGCCUCACAGUGGAUGAAUCAACGGAGUGUGUCCGAACAGAAACAACAAGGCGCGUGUUCUUCCGGAAGAAAAAGAAAGUCAGUACCAGAUGCACCACUAACAGGAUGACUGUGAAACACGAAGGUUCCAUGUUGGAGUCAGCCGAACGGUCUGUCUCCCUGGUAAAAGGUGGCAGGUCAGAGUACGCGGCAGCUCUGGCCUGGGAGAAAAAGGGAGCUUUUCCAGGACACACAGUCUUCACACACUGGCUGGAAUCAACAAAGGACAAUCCCGUGGUGAUUGACUUUGAGGUGUCACCCAUCGUGGAUUUGGUGAAGAACGUGCCAUGUGCCGUAACCAAACGUCGCAACCUGAGGAGAGCCCUGAGAGAAUACGUGGGCAGGUUUGACCCUUGCCAGUGUGCCCCGUGCCCCAACAAUGGCAGGCCUGUGUUUUCUGGGACGGAGUGCCUCUGCCUGUGCCAGGCUGGCACCUACGGCAAAAACUGUGAGACACGAGCUCCAGGUUACACAUCAGUUGCUGUAGAUGGCCGCUGGGGUUGCUGGUCUGAGUGGAGUUCAUGCGACGCUUCCUUCAAAACGAGAAGGACCAGGGAGUGUAAUAACCCCGCCCCGAUGAACGGUGGGAAGGCCUGUGAAGGUGAACGGGAAGAAGAGGAGGAUUGUUAUGUCUCUGUGUUCAUGGACAGAGGUGCUCCUUGUAUAAAUGAUGAUGAAGCCAGGAGAGAAGAGGAUGUCCCUGUUGGUGAACCUGAGUCUGGAUGCUCCAGGCCAGACCCACCAGAAAAUGGCUUUAUCAGGAAUGAAAAGAACCAGUAUGCUGUGGGGGAAGAAGCCGAAAUUGCCUGUGUGAGUGGUCAUGUCCUCAAUGGCUAUCAAUUCCUUCGGUGUCUGCCAGAUCAAACCUGGACACAGCAACCUGUUGAAUGUCAACCCUCGGUAUGCCUCAGGCCACCAACAUCUGACAGUGUCACAAUUUCCCCAUUUAAGCAACAUUACAGCAUUGGUGAAACCAUGAAGCUGAGCUGCCGAGCUGGGUUUAUAGUCACUGGUCAAACACAGUAUACUUGUGGGAACGACCUGUCCUGGAUACCUCCUAUUUUGAGAUGUAUUACAUGUGAAAAAGAUUUGCAAACUAAAAUUAGAGGUGUUUGCAAUCCUGGACAAAAGCAGAUUGGAUCUCAGUGUAUUUGUAUGUCUCCAGAGGAAGACUGUGGCCACUAUUCAGAAGACAUCUGUGUGCUACAUGCUGCUUCUGAACAGAAUGUGACCAAGCCCAGCUGUCAGUAUUCAGCUGAAAGGUGCCUCGGAGAGCAGUCGUUCCAUUUCUUGCAUGCCGGCCCUUGCCAUGGUGAUUCCAACCUAGAUUGGCUUAUCGAAAGGGCAAAACUCUCUGCAGAUAGCGUGAAGAAAGUGCCCUGUGGCUAUGACACCUGCUAUGACUGGGAAGAGUGUCCAGAGACACAGACACAGUGCUCCUGCCUGAUGCCUUACCAGUGCCCCAAAGAAGAGAGCCGCCCUCACUGCAUCCGUAUGGAGUCAACAGGGAGGAGGAGGACAGUCAGUCAUUGCACCCUGGCAGCCAUGAAGUGUGCUGGCAUCAAACUGGAGGUGCUGGAGCAGGGGAGCUGUCUGGUGUAAGCUGUCAGCUCUCCUGGCAGCCACCACAAUCAUCUCACCAUGCACAGGCUGAGCCGUCCUGGGGAAAACUUGGCUGGUUAUGAAAGGACAAGUAGAUCAAAAACAAAGGAUGAAAAAAAAAAAACCAAAAAAAUGAGCUCACUUAACAGAUUUUUGGGAGAAGGGUGGCAGCAGGCUUUCUUUGGUCUGAAAAUGAUCUGGAGUGUGGGGUAUAGGAACUGUUCUCUCUGCUGGUAACUCUGUGGAGGUACAGAGGGAGGGAGGGGAGCAGGUAGGAAGGGAGAAAGGGGAGCGUUGCCUCUGGUCUCCCCUGGUGCUGGAUGAGACUUUCCCUUUCCUCAGCCAUUUGUUGUUCUGUUCCUGCACUUGUGACUGAUGUGCACCCUGGUCAUCUCGCUGGCUGAGUACCCACUGUAUCAUCCAGGCAGGCAGACUUCAGCAUCAUUGCAUGUUCCAUCUGACACCUAAUGGGGUCAUGGAGGAGGCUACCUGUCUGGGCAUUCACGGUAUAAAUUCAGGGAGAAAUACAAAAUUCUGAAAACUGCAAAUAUGCAAUGAUUGAGUGACGUCUUCAAAACCAUGAGAUUUUAAAUCAGAGUAACCAAAGGGAGGAAAUGUUUGCUUUUCUGGGUUGGUUUGCUGGUUUUGAGCCUCAGACACUGUUGGGGAAUUUUUAUGGUAUCCCUUGAGGUGAAUUAAAUAUACAUUUGUGUUUAAAUAUAAAAGAAAAAUUUAAUGAAAAAUGCAUUGGGCAAAGUCUUACCAUAGUACUAUGCAGUUCUACAUGGAGUCUGCAAAGAUGCACCACAAGCACCUUCCUUAAAUACGCUUGCACCAGCACCAAUCCUGAGAGAUGUUGCAUGGGGCACCUCAGCCCAGCCCGGGUCCAUCUCCCAGCCCAGCUCUGCUGCCCAAAGGUGGCCCCUGAGCGCUCCCAUUCCAGGGUCACUGCAAGACAAUGCUGAGGCUGUUUCUUACUUCAUCACCAAGGGAAACUUCACUCCCUUGCAAGCAGUCGUUCUUUCUCUGGCAUUUCUAUCUGCCCAGUUCAACCCCUUCUUGUAGUUGGGCCUUCUUGCCAGAUCAUUCCUGUCACAAAUUACUACUGCUGUGCAGUUAGUUACAAGUAGAAUUUCGCCUUCGACACUCAGAAUUUUAAAGAAAUGAGGAUUAGAAACCUGCCUUCCAAGAAGGGGAAAGCUGAAAGUCACUGCCCUUCACCAGCAGUCAGCAGAACAAUGAAAAUAAUGAAAAAAGCGUGAGAAGUGUCCAUUGAUGAAUAACCUUCCCUAUGUAUAAGUGUCAUACCUUGCCAGGGGCUGGGCAGAGUCACUUGGGAGCUGGGAGUGGGCUGGAUGCAAAAGGGUUAUUUUUCCUCUAAGGAGGUAUCAGACGCCUAUAUUUGGGAUGCUGCCAAGCUCCCUAAAUCAGCAGCUAGUCUCAAAUGGAUGGAGCUCAAGGAAAAGAAGCAAUUAAUCCUGCUGCUAAAUACAAUAAAGCAUUCUGUUUUGUUGCUUAAAAUGUGUAGUAAAAUGAUUAUAAAAACUUGA